UAAGCGCUGACAUAUAUCCUCAAUUGAACUCAUGGACCGCUGGGCAUUGUUUUGACUUUAUAUUAACGAUGGCGUUGUAGUAGUUGUCCUGGAAAGGUUUAGCAUGAAUGACGGUGGGCAGAAGAUCUUGUAUAAAAGCCAGCAGGGUGCGAUGUCAAACCCAUUGGCUACUGACUGUAAUCAAUCAGGGAAUCGCACGGGGGGAGCGAACGCUAGAGGCGAGCAAAGCACAACAGAAGCCCAGGAGAGGGAGCUUUCUGGACGGCAUGAAAAAGCAAGCUUCGCCGAUUGUGGCCUGCUGCAAGCUCAUUCACUUCUGGUUCUGAGAGGAGGUUCUGAAGGAUGCCCGCUUCCCCUCAAACACACAGCCCUGGAUCCUGGUGAACCGUUUGUGUCCAAAAGGCGGGAGGAUGGCUCAUGGUAUUCCCUCCCAGGGCAAAGUGACCAUCAGUGUGGAUGAGUACAGCUCCAACCCCACACAGGCCUUCACGCAUUACAACAUCAACCAGAGCCGCUUCCAGCCGCCUCAUGUCCACAUGGUGGACCCUAUCCCAUACGACACUCCCAAACCGGCAGGUCACACGCGCUUCGUCUGUGUCUCCGACACGCACUCCCGGACAGAUGGCAUCCAGAUGCCGUACGGGGACGUUCUGCUCCACACGGGCGACUUCACCGAGCUGGGACUCCCCUCCGAGGUCAAGAAGUUUAACGACUGGUUAGGUGGCCUGCCCUAUGAAUUCAAAGUGGUUAUUGCAGGGAACCAUGAACUGACAUUUGACAAAGAUUUCAUGGCUGAGCUGGUCAAGCAGGAUUACUACCGCUUCCCCUCCGUGUCCAAGUUGAAACCCGAGGACUUUGACGACGUUCAGUCGCUCCUUACGAACUGUGUAUACCUGCAGGACUCCGACGUGACAGUAAAGGGAUUCCGAAUAUACGGGGCACCUUGGACGCCCUGGUUCAACGGGUGGGGCUUCAACCUGCCCCGGGGUCAGUCCCUGCUGGACAAGUGGAACCAGGUCCCCGAGGGCAUCGACAUCCUCAUGACUCACGGGCCCCCACUCGGUUUCCGGGACUGGGUUCCGAAGGAGCUGCAGCGGGUGGGCUGUGUGGAGCUGCUGAACACGGUGCAGAGGCGUGUCCGGCCCAAACUCCACGCCUUCGGGGGCAUCCAUGAGGGGUAUGGCAUUAUGACGGACGGGUACACGACAUACAUCAACGCCUCCACCUGCACAGUCAGCUUCCAGCCCACCAACCCCCCCAUCGUGUUGGACCUGCCCAACCCCCAGAGCUCCUGAAGUCACCAGGGAGCCUUGUACAUGUCCAUUCUUUUCUAACCAGUCAAACAUGCUCAAUGUUCUUUCCAAAAAAAAAACAAAAAAAAAAAAGCUUUUGUAAACUGCUGGUACAAAAAUACAUAAAAUUGUGAAUUAAAGAUUGUGGUGGGGGGGAUGGGGAAGGGGUGUCAAGCUGUUGAAAAUGGAUUGGAUCUAUAAUAUGAUGCUUUGUGAAUAUAUGCAUUUUCUGGAUACUUUGAUAUGAAAUGCCAUUGUAGUUUGUUUGUUUUUUGUUAGUUUUUUUUAAUUUUUUUUUAACGUUCCUUUUUUUUUUUUGAGGACAGUUAAGCUUUCUUUUGGCAGACAAGGAGACUGCCCUUAAACUAGCUUUACAGUAUAUUGUGAGAAUGUCACUUCUGUUAGCAGAGAAUAGGUUCCUUAUUUAUUUUCCGUGAUGAGUGAGAAAUGGGAAAAAUGCAUUCAAAGGAACAUCGAGUACUAGGUCUAGUACUAGAUCAGGGAAGAACUGAAUAAGGUUACUGUAAUGUGCGUACCUCGUUGGAAAGAGUUUGAAGUGUGGCAAAUGUACUUACAUGAUCUGACCUCUGCACUAAAUUUGUGUAUUUUUUUUAUAGCAAGUUAAGACCAUAAUUCUGUUUUGUGUGUGUAUGUGUUUACAUGUGUGUGUGUGUGUGUGUAUGUAUGCAUACAGUUUUUAAACACGCGUACAUCUGUACUUCAUCUCUCUCUUUGCUUUCAAUGGUGCCCGUCUCAUGGCCGAAUUUGCCUUACGCACGCAAGAAUUUCAUCGUCAGAAAGGGGCACUUUUACAAACCGACAGCCUUUUUUCUACACACCUGCCUGAACAAGGUUUAGUUGUCCUUUCAAUCUUAAAUAUUAUUGUAUUUGUGUUUUUAUUGUCUCUUUUUCUAAUUUUGCACUGUGUGUAAAUGCAAUCUUGCUAGCACAAUAAAACAUUGCCAAUAGUUGUUUCAACUUCGCCACUGUAAAUGCUUCUUGGCUUUUGCUGACAUAGUUUCCUUGUUUAUGGAAGUUUAGAAUGGCUUCUUUCUUUUAAAUGUAUUGUGAUAUACAUUUAGCUGCCUUUAUAUGCAAAUAAAAUUGCAAGAUUUUUACUUA